UCAAGCUUGAAACUACCACUACUUUAUACAACGUGCCAACAGUACACUCCCAAGUGACACAAAAAUUAUUCACACCUUGGUAGGCCCCAAAAGUGUCUCUAAAAUUCCCAAGACAUCGUCCCAAACGAUGAAAAAUAUCGUGUAACGAGUGACAAGCCCUGAAAAAUAUUAAUUCAACAACACUUCCACCGAUUGUUGAAGAUGCUUACGUCAACGUACUUUCACAUUUUUAACCUCGAAUACGACUCAUCACUCCCAAAACCCCCGAUUGAACAAAAACAACAGGCCCUUUAGGCCCACAAACCCGAAACAUCUCAUGAAACAACUGUUUCACUAUUGACGAUGCAAAAUAACUCUAAAACAAGAGAAAUGUUUAUAGUAAGAGCAUUGGAAAAAAUACUAGCCGAUAAGGAUGUCAAGCGUUCCCACUUGUCACAAUUACGAAAAUCAUGCGAAACAGCACUAGACGACCUUCGAAAGGAGAUAAAAGAGGGACCGAGUGUGCAAGGUGAGGAGGCCAUAUCAAAUGCCCUGCCCCAGCCAAAGAACGAUUCAAACGUAAUAUCAGCAGAGAAGUACUUUCUUCCUUUCGAGCUAGCAUGUCAGGGCAAAUCCCCUCGAAUAGUGGUGACAGCUUUGGACUGCCUGCAGAAGCUGAUAGCAUAUGGUCAUCUGACUGGCAACGUUCCAGAUUCAACAGAACCCAACAAAUUGUUGAUUGUGAGGAUCGUGGAGACAAUAUGCAGCUGCUUCAUGGGCCCCCAGACAGACGAGGGGGUCCAGUUGCAGAUAAUUAAGGCCCUUUUAACUGUGAUGACUAGUCAACAUGUGGAAGUACAUGAAGGGACUGUCUUACUGACGAUACGUACUGUGUAUAAUGUUUAUUUGGCAUCAAGGAAUCUGGUUAAUCAGACGACAGCUAGGGCUACAUUAACGCAAAUGAUUAAUGUUAUUUUUGCAAGGAUGGAGACACAGGCUGAGGAUGAGGCGAGGAUUGGAGAAAAUACUUGUGUCCAACCCCCAGAGACUCCAGUAACCCGAGUGGAUUUAGAUGAGAGUACUUCAGGAGAUCACCCAGAGUCCUCGUUUGAGUCCACUCAAAUCGUCACUAGUAUCCUCGAGGAGGUAAUAACUACCGUUGUACCUGAAGACCCGCCAGUCCCCUCGCCUUUGGAGGACGGGAAUCCCGACCAAGUCCAAACUGACGAUAACACCGAUGAGACAACAACCGAGGCCGAUAACAUGGUAGCAGCAAAGUUCAGCCAUGUCCUUCAGAAGGACGCUUUCUUAGUCUUCAGAGCUCUGUGUAAACUCUCGAUGAAACCGCUGCCUGAUGGCACACCAGACCCCAAAUCCCAUGAGCUGAGGUCAAAAAUCUUAUCUCUGCAGUUGCUUCUGGGUAUCCUCCAGAAUGCUGGACCAGUCCUGCGUUCCAACGAGAUGUUCGUAAUAGCUAUCAAACAGUACUUGUGCGUUGCUUUAUCAAAGAAUGGGGUGUCCUCAGUGCCUGAAGUAUUCGAGUUGUCCCUGGCAUUGUUCCUAGCUCUGCUGGCUAGAUUCAAGGUCCACCUGAAGAUGCAGAUCGAGGUUUUCUUCAAAGAGAUCUUUAUGAACAUCCUGGAGACUUCCAGUAGUUCCUUCGAGCACAAGUGGAUGGUGAUUCACGCUCUGACGAGAAUCUGUGCCGAUGCCCAGAGUGUUGUGGACAUUUACGUCAACUACGACUGCGACUUGUCAGCAGCAAAUUUAUUUGAGAGACUUGUCAAUGAUCUAUCAAAAAUAGCACAGGGUCGUCAGGCAUUAGAGCUUGGUGCCUCCCCCAAUCAGGAAAAGUCGAUGAGGAUUAGAGGCUUGGAGUGUCUAGUUUCCAUACUUAAGUGCAUGGUGGAGUGGAGCAGAGAUCUCUACAUUAAUCCUGGUACUCCAGUCGACCAACAAAUUCCCAGUGAACCGCCUGAUCCCCCGCUCAACUCGUCCUUACCUCGUUAUGGUAGUGCUGGCAGUUUGUCAUCAGCAAAUUCUAGUCUUGUAGGGAAUAAGGAGGUGUCAGACUCGCCAGAGCAGUUUGAAGUACAGAAACAGCAGAAGGAGGUGUGGGAGGCCGGUAUAGAUAUAUUCAACAGAAAGCCUAGCAAAGGCAUUCAGUAUCUCCAAGAACAGGGACUACUGGGGGCUUCAGCCGAGGAUGUGGCGAGGUUUCUCCAUGUUGAUGAGAGGCUCGAUAAAACCGCUAUUGGGGACUUUCUGGGAGAUCAUAAUCAUAAUCAAGUCAUGUAUAAUUACAUAGACCAGAUGGACUUUAUUAAUAGAGAUUUGGUGUCGGCGCUCAGGUAUUUUUUGGAGGGCUUCAGACUACCCGGGGAGGCCCAGAAGAUUGAUAGGCUUAUGGAAAAGUUUGCCAGUCGAUACUGCGAGUGCAAUCCGAACAAUGGCUUGUUUACCAGUGCAGACACCGCUUACGUCCUAGGUUUUUCGAUAAUAAUGCUGACAACUGAUCUCCAUUCACCACAGGUCAAAAAUAAAAUGACCAAAGAGCAGUAUAUCAAAUUAAAUCGACGGAUUAGUGACAAUGAGGAUUUACCCGAGGAGUAUCUCUCCAAAAUUUAUGACGAGAUUGCUGGGAACGAGAUCAAGAUGAAAUCGCAUCCUAAUAGGCCAGGAAAGCAAGUGAUCUCCAGUGAGAAAAAACGUCGUCUCCUAUGGAACAUGGAAAUGGAGUUGAUCUCGACAGCAGCCAAGAACCUCAUGGACUCUGUCAGUCAUGUGCAGGCGCCAUUCACCACCGCCAAACACCUGGAACAUGUCCGUCCAAUGUUCAAGAUUGCCUGGACCCCCUUCCUGGCAGCAUUCAGCGUAGGUCUUCAAGACUGCGACGAUCCAGAGAUUGCCUCCCUCUGUCUUGACGGGAUCAGGUGUGCGAUACGCAUUGCCUGCAUAUUCCAUAUGUCUCUAGAACGAGACGCUUACGUCCAGGCCCUAGCUAGAUUCACACUUCUAACUGCCAAUUCUCCCAUCACCGAGAUGAAGGCCAAGAACAUUGACACGAUAAAAACCCUGAUAACAAUCGCUCACACCGAUGGUAAUUAUUUGGGAAGUUCCUGGCUGGACGUCGUAAAAUGUAUUUCUCAAUUGGAACUGGCUCAGCUGAUUGGAACGGGGAUAAGACCCCAGCUCCUUGGGCCCCCUUCGAAGCCCUACUUUCCUUCACCUUUGAAUAAUUUUACAAGCCUGACACACAAUAAUUCGCACCAGUCCAACAGCCUCAAUCUGUCCUCGUUAGACCCCAGUGUGAAGGAGUCUAUUGGAGAGACUAGUUCUCAGAGUGUCGUGGUGGCAGUCGACAGGAUUUUUACGGGGUCUACGCGGCUGGAUGGUGACGCCAUCGUGGAAUUCGUAAAGGCCCUCUGCCAGGUGUCCUUAGAAGAGCUAUCUCACCCAACACAACCCAGGAUGUUUUCCCUGACGAAGAUCGUGGAGAUAUCCUACUACAACAUGGGGAGGAUUAGGCUGCAGUGGUCCAGGAUCUGGCAGGUCGUGGGUGAUCAUUUUGAUCGGGUGGGUUGCAGCCCGAGACAGAAUAUUGCCUUUUUCGCUGUCGACUCACUCCGACAACUUGCCACGAAGUUCAUUGAGAAGGGAGAAUUCGCAAAUUUUAGAUUUCAAAAGGAGUUCUUGAGGCCCUUUGAACACAUAAUGAAGAAGAACAGAUCUCCAAUCAUAAGAGAUAUGGUAGUGAGGUGUGUAGCUCAGAUCGUCCAUUCACAAGCACCGAACAUAAGAUCCGGAUGGAAAAAUAUUUUCAGUGUAUUCCAUCAUGCCGCGAGUGAUCGAGACGAGUCCGUUGUAGCCCUCGCCUUUUCAAUGACAGGAAAAAUAAUUAAUGAACUCUACGCUGAAGACUUUAGUAUCAUGGUGGAUUCUUUUCAAGACGCUGUUAAGUGCCUGAGCGAGUUUGCUUGUAAUUCGUCAUUUCCUGACACAAGUAUGGAAGCGAUAAGACUGAUUCGCACGAGUGCCUCGUAUAUCGAUGCUAACCCCCAGAUGUUCGCUGAGGGAAUGAUGGAUGAGAAUGGAAUGGUAUCAGAGGAGGACAGGGCCUGGGUGAGGGGCUGGUUUCCACUUCUCUUCGAGUUGUCUUGUGUUGUCAGCAGAUGUAAACUAGACGUUAGAACGAGAGCAUUGACGGUGCUUUUUGAUGUAGUAAAAACUCACGGGAGCUCCUUCAAGCCUCACUGGUGGAAGGAUCUCUUCCAAGUUCUCUUCAGAAUUUUUGAUAAUAUGAAAUUACCCGAGCAGCACACAGAAAAGGCAGAAUGGAUGACAACUACCUGCAAUCAUGCACUAUAUGCCAUUGUCGAUGUUUUCUCACAAUUUUAUGACGUCCUGGGGCCUCUGCUCCUGGGACAACUGUAUUCACAACUUUUAUGGUGUGUACAACAGGAUAACGAACAGUUAGCGCGGUCAGGGACAAAUUGUCUUGAGAAUCUCGUCAUCAGUAAUGGUGUUAAAUUCGAUGAGGACACCUGGUCGAAGACAACUAGAUGUAUUCUUGAUAUCUUCGAGAGCACUUUACCCGGAGUUCUGCUCACCUGGAAGCCUCCCUCCAUAAAUAAGGAAUCAGAUCUUGAUGUAAUUACUGGAGAGCAUGAUAAUCACGUGGGGAUUCUGAAGAGGAGCAACAGCAAUCAGAGUUUGACGAGCAGUACUUCGGAUGUGGGCAGUAACAGAAUCUUCUCAGCGCUGCUGAUCAAGUGUGUAGUUCAACUAGAGCUGAUCCAGACCAUUGAUAAUAUUGUCUUUUACCCGGCAACGUCCAGAAAAGAGGAUCAGGAGAAUCUGGCACUGGCCCAAGCUGAUAUGCUUAACGGAAGGUCCAGUGAUUCGGGUCUGGAUGGCUCUGGAAGUGAACAGAAGGAAGAGCAGGGAAUGUAUUCCGCCCUGAACACGAUACACUUGCUUCAGCUGGUUGAGUGUCUUCUCAGGUCCCAUCGUUUCGCCAAGAGCUUCAAUGUUAAUAAUGAACAGAGAAAUGUUCUCUGGAAAGCAGGAUUUAGGGGCACAGUCAAGCCGAAUUUGCUGAAGCAGGAGACGCAAUCACUUGCUUGUGCUCUCCGGAUUCUAUUCAAAAUGUACAAUGAUGAGUCCCAUCGGAGCAAUUGGUCAACUGUGGAAUCACAUCUCGUGGAGACUUCGAGAGAGGCUUUGGAAUAUUUUCUGGCACUUCCUAAUGAAGCACAUAGAGACGCCUGGACGCCUAUUCUUCUCCUUCUGCUCAAUAGAAUCCUUAAAAUGUGUGACAACAGAUUUGCUGUUCAUGCAGCUAAUUGUUACUCGCUACUCUGUGAAGUCAUGUGUUUCGACCUCAAGCCAGAACCUCGAUCGGUUUUACGAAGAUUUUUCCUCAGAAUUGGACCGGUUUUCAGAAUCACACCAAUGUAACAAACAUGGAAGCACUGAUGAGUGUAAAGAGCGGAGUGAUUGACGAUUCAUGAUCCCUGAUUUAUAAGUUUUGAGGAAGUGUAUUUAUUAAAUCACGUGAAUCAGUAAGAAUAUACAUAAUGUUAUAUACAUAGUUUAAUUUUAGGCGGAGAAGUACUAAUGUUGAAUUCAGAGUGAACGAUUGGAUGGGAGUGAGCACUGAUGGACUCUGUCUAAUCGUGUAUUUUUCUCUUGUGUUUAUGGUAUGCAAGGUUGAAUUGUAAGUUCGGAGGUGCAGUAAGAGAGAAUAUAUAUAAAUAUGAGUGGAUGUUUGAGGGGAGAUUUUUGCCCAAGGGAUUAUGCUCGUAGAGUUUUAAUAAAAACAUGAAACAACAGCCACUAAA